AUGACUUGUGUGUCUUCUCUUGCAGGAAACACUGCGUUGCAUGACUGUGCAGAAUCUGGAAGUUUGGACAUCAUGAAGAUGCUUCUCAAGUAUUGUGCUAAAAUGGAAAAGGAUGGCUAUGGAAUGACUCCUCUUCUCUCAGCUAGCGUGACAGGCCACACAAAUAUCGUGGACUUUCUGACCCAGCAUGUACAGACCAGUAAGACUGAGCGCAUAAAUGCUCUGGAACUUCUAGGAGCAACAUUUGUGGACAAAAAGAGAGAUCUGCUUGGUGCUUUGAAAUACUGGAAGCGGGCUAUGGAAAUGAGAUACAGUGAUAGGACUAAUAUCUUGAGCAAACCUGUGCCACAAACACUAGUUAUGGCAUAUGAUUAUGCUAAAGAGGUAAACAGCUCAGAAGAGCUAGAAAAUCUUAUAGCAGACCCUGAUGAAAUGAGAAUGCAGGCACUAUUAAUUAGAGAACGCAUUCUUGGCCCUUCUCACCCAGAUACAUCCUACUAUAUUAGAUACAGAGGUGCUGUCUAUGCAGACUCUGGAAACUUCAAGCGUUGCAUCAACUUAUGGAAAUAUGCUUUGGACAUGCAGCAGAGCAAUCUUGAUCCACUGAGCCCUAUGACAGCCAGCAGUUUACUAUCAUUUGCUGAACUUUUCUCCUUCAUGCUGCAGGAUAGGGCAAAAGGCCUGCUAGGUACCACCGUCACAUUUGAUGAUCUCAUGGGUAUACUGUGCAAAAGUGUUCUUGAGAUAGAACGGGCCAUGAAACAAACCCAGUGUCCUCCUGAUCCCGUACAGCUCAACAAAGCCCUUUCCAUCAUUUUGCAUUUAAUUUGCUUGUUGGAGAAAGUACCUGGCAGCUCAGAACAGGAGCAUUUUAAGAAACAGACUAUUUACAAGUUUCUUAAGCUUCAGCCUAGGGGGAAGAAUAACUUCAGUCCACUUCACCUUGCUGUUGACAAUAAUACUACAUGUGUGGGGCGCUACCCAGUUUGUAAAUUCCCCUCUCUACAAGUUACUGCUAUCCUGGUGGAAUGUGGUGCUGAUGUAAAUGUCAGAGACUCUGAUAACAACAGUCCAUUACACAUUGCUGCAUUGAACAACCAUCCAGACAUCAUGAAUCUUCUUAUCAAGUCAGGUUCACACUUUGAUGCCACAAACUCGCAUAAACAAACAGCUAGUGAUUUGCUGGAUGAGAAGGAAAUAGCAAAAAAUUUAAUCCAGCCCAUAAAUCAUACUACAUUGCAGUGUCUUGCUGCUCGUGUAAUAGUGAAGCAUAACAUAAACUACACAGGGCACAUCCCUGCAAAACUAGAGAACUUUGUUUUGCUCCAUAGAUGAUAGCGUGGAGUCCUAGAGUACUGUUAUUGAAGCACGACUUGGUGACGAUAUUUUCAUUGAGCACUGUUGUGAUACACCAGCGUUCCCUUAGCUUGCUCCAUCUUGCUCUCAUUGGCUAAAGUGUUGUUAGCAUCAGAUCUGCAGAGUUGAUUACCCAGUACUUAAUAUGAAUAUGCCAUAUAAUAUAUUUUGUGGAUUAUUUAGAAAUGUAAUGCCAUAUUUAGACUCUUAAAAUUGUCUGCCAAAGGCUUGUCUAUUCUGGUCUUAUUUGCCUGUUGAGUGUUUGGGACUGAGUUGAGUAUUUUCCACUGAUGUCUUUUUACUAUAACUGUUAUGUGGAUUUUAUACAGUUGGAAGGUCAUCCUUUUUUGGUUUUGCUUGAGCAUUUCUGCUCUUACUCUAUUCUUUUUCUAUGGACUCAUUGCUAAACUGUACAAGUUGUAUGGACUUGUUAGCAUUUGCAACUACCAUAAGUGCUUUUAUCUUCUCUAUGCACUGGCUUCAACAUGACUGUUGUGUGUGAGCAUAUUUCUAUGCAGCACUUGGCCAAUUUCAACUUAAAUGCCAAUUUUGUUUUGCAGUUUGUUUGGAGCUCUUUUGAGAAUGCUGUUUUCAUAGCAUGAUGAAUUUUGGAGUUACUUAUCACCUCUCCAAACUCGGGUUUGACUUUUUUGACUGCUGUAACAGAGGUUGCUUUCCUUUUGAUCCUCUGGAAAUUUGUCCUAAAUUUGGGAGAAGAAAAUCUUGCUUUUUCUCAUCAUAGUCCUCUUGAAUGUUAAAUCUGAAAAUUGUUUUAUUGCAUCAUGCAGUUAGGGGAAGAGUCCUCAUUAUGUACAACUGAUACCUUCCCCUUUGCACUAAUGUCUUGCUUGUGCUGGUUAUGUGACUAGAUGUGAAGUUUGCUCAAAGUUUAACCUCAAACUUAAUGAUACACUUUAAUGAGAAAUAGGUCAAAUGUAUGCUGUAGUUUAAAAUUUACAAAUCAACUUUAGGUACAAAAGAAACUAAAGCAUGUUGAUGGCAUGAUGCUUAGCAGUCCGGAUCUAGACAUCAUCUAGUAUAGUAAGUGGCUCUAUGCCAGGGUUUUGGAAGUUCUAUAGCAGUGUCCUUUUUUCUUCAUUUUAAGUAUCUUUAUAAAUACUUGCAUGGGUUUUUCAUCUCUACUAUGUUAGCUGUACUUAACAAAAAGCGGAAGUUCUGUUGUGUAUAUAGCUCCUAAUUAAAGUACCUAUUUUUAUAAU